CCUGUCAUCCAGCCGGUGCGCGUCCGUUCACUGUGAGACGCCGUGUGACGGUGUGAGACAUGUCACAUCCUCGAGAAUCACGAUAACGAUGGCAUCGCCCGACAAGCCGCUGGACGAGACCGAAUGGAUCCCGUUAUCUCUGACAUUGGUGGAGUAUCCGCAAGGGGAUAUUUUUGGGCAGCUUUUGGCUGUAAUAAGUCUAAUGCCCUUUGCCAUUUUAACUGGUUUCAUCACAUUGAUACUUUUUAGGAGGGAUUUACAUACCAUCGUAUUUUUUAUCGGAGUUGCUAUCAAUGAAUGUAUAAAUUAUGUAUUAAAACACAUGAUUCGUCAAGCAAGGCCGAUGAAGAGAGAUGGCCUGUAUGUCGAAUACGGCAUGCCAUCUACACAUGCACAAUUUAUGUGGUUUUUCGCUGCAUACGCAACACUUUUUAUAUACUUUAGGUUAAAUUACAACUGUACGAUAAUCGAGAGAUUUUGGCGGACAAUAGUAGCGAUAGGAUGCAUCGUCACAGCCUUAUUGGUAACUUACAGCAGAGUGUAUCUACUGUACCACUCCAACACUCAAGUAGUUUGGGGUGCAUUAAUUGGAAUUGCACUGGGAACAGCGUGGUUCAUAAUCAUGCAUAUGGUUCUGACACCAUUUUUUCCUAUAAUAGUCUCAUGGCGAUUAUCAGAGUUCUUAUUGCUGCGCGACACGACACUGAUUCCUAAUGUCUUGUGGUUCGAAUACACAAAUAUUCGCACGGAGGCUCGGGCACGAGCGCGAAAGCUAUCGGCGAUCGGCAGGUCGCAUUGACAACCAAUUAUGGUCGGCCAGUAAGCCGAUAGCGUAUAAAUGCCUUGAUAACAAACGACUUGAAACAUAAAAAUUAACAUUCCUGCGAUUGACUGCAUUGGAGAAUUAAUGCAAAAACACGUUCAAAAUAUUCAAUCCUGUUAUCAGAGACGAUUUCAGUUUCACGAAUUCCAAUACAACGUGGAACCGAUUAUGAAAUGAUCGUUAUUGCGAUAUGAUGCAUCGUCAUCCGACAUUGUCGUUAUUAUGAUAAUUAUUGUCUAUUAUUAAUACUAAUAUUAUAAUGUUAAGAUGUUUUUAACGAGAAGUAAUUGAAGUAAUGGCGCCAUUGAAAUUGUGGCGUAUGUGCGUCACAAUUUGCGACUGCUGAUAGAAUAUUACUGGAAAAAAAAAAUAAUGGAUACGACCGCCACGCGUGUUGUAACAGGUUGCUAGCGCAUGGCCAAAAUUAUUAAGUUAAAGUCAUCAAAUGCAUUUGCACGUUCAAGCACGAUUGUAUUUCUAGCGAGUUACAUUCUUUUUAAGGUCUCGCAUCUUGUUCUACGGUACCGUUUUGUACUAAUUCUCAAGAGGCACGUGUCGCCUGUGUGCUAGAUCCUCUCUCCAUGUGUUCCUAAUAAUUAAGUAAAGUAAAGAACGAAUAUGUGGGAUGUACGCCGUCAAUGUUCAGUGAAACAAAACUGAAGAUUCGGAAACAGUUAAUCAAGAGAAAGCAGCUGCGAAAAGAACUGAUUCUCUCAAUAAAUGUUUCUGAAUGAACUUGCAAGAGCUUCAUCAGUAUACCGUUACAUGAUGUUUCACAGCGAUUCAUUCUAACGUAUUUAUGAAAAUUGAGAUAUUUAUUUGAUACGUAUUCAUGACUCAUGCAUUGUACAAGAUAUGCAUUUUUUUUUAGAAAUGCGAGAGGAAGAUCAGACUGGAGUACACAAUUAUAAAAAUUGUCGUGUUGAUAAAAUUAUUGAUUAUAUUAGACAUAAAAUUACAAUACAAUGCAUUCUGACCCUGUUUGUAUUCCAGGCGCGAAUCUUCCUUUCUUGUUCAUUAUUGAAUCAUCAUUUACCAGAUUACUGCCUGAGGAUCGUCAUAUCAGUCUUUUUCUUUUUUUUUUUUUUU